AUGGCCGAUUCCACCACCAACGACGCCCCGGUCGCCACCAACCAACCCACGACGGAGGAGGAAGUGACGGUGGAGAGGGCUGCGGCGGCGGCGGAGGAGGAGGAGAGGCUGCGGUACCUCGAGUUCGUGCAGCAGGCGGCGGCGCAGGCGCUGGUGCUGGCGGCCGCGGCCUACGCGUACGCCAAGCAGGGCGCGGGCCCGCUCCGCCCCGGCGUUGACCAUGUCGAGGGCACCGUGAAGGCCGUCGUCGGCCCGGUGUACGACCGGUUCCACGCCGUCCCGCUUGACCUCCUCAAGUUCAUCGACCGCAAGGUUGGUGAGUCUGUUGAGGAGAUUGACCGCCGUGUCCCUCCAGUGGUGAAGGAAGCCCCAACCCUUGCCCGCUCGGCUGCAAAGGAGGUUCGCCAGGCCGGCCUGGUGGGCACGGCCACAGGUCUUGCCAAGUCAGCCAUUGGCCGCGCGGAGCCAAAGGCCCGGGAGCUCUACACCCGCUAUGAGCCCGUGGCUGAGCGCCGUGCAGCUGAGGCUUGGGUGGCCCUUAACCGCCUCCCACUGGUGCCUUCAGUCACCAGGGCUGUCCUCCCCACAGCCGCACAGCUCUCAGCCAGGUACAAUUCAGCGGUUCUUGACGGUGCCAAGCGCGGGAACACUGUGGCCACCUAUCUCCCACUUGUGCCCACUGAGCGGCUCGCCCGGGUGUUCGCGUACCCCAUGGCUGACGUUGCCCCAGCACGAGAGAUGCAGCCUAUCCCCUCCCAGUAG